AUGAUAUGGUGGUACAAUAAUGAGGAUAACGGAGAUGGACUGACCCAGGCCCUUGCUUCUUCCAGCCCCAACCCCAUCCACCCCAACCCCCACCCCCACCCCUACGCGCCGGGCCUCAGAUCCCCGGGCUCAAGUGCUGCCAGCAACCGAGGAAGGCCGCCCCUGAGCGGCCCAGACCAAGGCCAGCGCCGGCCUCCGCGGCUGCCCCCAGCGUUCCAGCAGCAAUCGGGGCAGCGGAAGAAAGGCAGGGCGACCGGGGGGAAAGCGAGGCUCCCCAAGUUUCAGAGGGAGAAGAGAAAUCCCCCCAAAGCCUUCCCAGCCUCCCCCCUCCCUCGGGCCGGGACCCCCCCACCUCCCACCCCAGCCAGGCUCAGCAAUAACUUUGAAACUUCUCGGCCAUUUGGGGCAAGAGGCGUGGGGAUGGGGGGCAGCCUUUCCCCCCACCCUGAACCCCGCAAACAGCCGCCCCGCCCCAUUGCCCCCCACCCCCCCCACCCCAAUCCGGGCUUCCUGGGCCGAAGGUGGCUCACACCCCUCCCCGCCCUGCCCCUUGGGGCCGCACCCCUCCUCCUGCUUCGAUUUCCCCCCCCCCCCCCCCCCCCCCCCGGCCAGGCCGCCGCAGCCGCCUCCAAACUGGGGCCCCCCACCUCACCGGCCCCCACCCGGCAGCCCCAACUGGAGAAAAUGCUUCCCUGCAAUUCCUCCCUGAGCCCUGGAGGGUCCCGGUCAGCCUUCUUCCCGGCCCCUGGGGAUGUGCGAAGAACAGAUCGGAGUGCCAGGGUCUCUCGUGGCUCUCGGUGGGGUCCUUGGGGCAGCCCCCUCUUUGCGAACCGUGAAGAACGGAGCCAACGCCGCCCCCAUCCUCGCUUUGAGGAGUAA